AUGACGACCAACACCGUGACCCAGCAAGCUAGUUCGGAAGAGCUGGCGGCCGCCCCCACUUCGAUCGCUGAAACUCGUACUUUUUUCGAAGAGUGGCUGACCGUUCCGUUCAAGGCCUACUCCGCCAAGCACCUUCCGUCUGAAACGGCUUACACCGUGCAGGACGAAACAAUUUCUGUCGAGGACGGACAGUUCGGCGUCAGAUACAUCGUCCCCGUGGUCGAGAAUGAGCACGAGACGUUCCCUGUGCUGGUGUACAUGCACGGCGGUGGAUGGAGCGCUGGCGACCUAGAACUCGAUGAUUAUCACCUUCGCAAGGUCUCCGUUGAUCUCAAGAUCUCCAUCGUGAAUGUCGACUACCGGCUUGCUCCUGAGCACCCGUUCCCUACUGCUGUCAACGACGGCCUCGCCACACUCAAAUGGGUCGUCUCGAACACGCCUCUUCUGAAGGCCGACUUAUCUAAAGGCUUUAUCGUUUGUGGCCACUCCGCUGGCGGCAACCUCGCUUCUGUGCUCGCCCAUGAGGCGCGCGACGACCCAUUCUUCAGCGGACCCGGGCGGCAGCUCACAGGCCAGCUCCUCCGCGAACCGAUGGUCAUCCAUCCUGAUGUCUAUCCCGAAGACCACCAAUUCUACAACCCAGAACCACUCGACCCGCGCUUCUCGCCGCUGCUGUACCCUUCCCACACCGGGGUCCCGCGCGCGUACGUGCAGGGCAUGGAGCUCGACUCGUUUCGCGACGAUGCACGCGUAUACGUCAAGGCUCUGUGCCAGGCCGGUGUGGACGCGAAGUAUACUGAAUACCCAGGCGUGUCGCACGGGUUCCACUACAGCACGCCCGAGACCGAGAUGGCGGUUAAAGUGCGGGCUGACCUUGUAGAGGGACUGAAGUGGCUGUUGGGCCGAGAGUCAAACCUUUGA